CCUUCUGAGUUGAGUCAUUGCGGUUUCCACUCACCUAGUUGACUAGUUAUCUUGCGUUCCGAUCCCCUGCCCUUCUGCCUCUUCCUCCCUCUUCCUCCCUCUUUCCCUCUUCCAGUUACACCCUACACGCAUUCCCCCGGCUUCCCUCCCACCUCUUUCCAAUCUCCAAACACACAGCCCACCAUGGCUAGCGGUCUGAAAGCUGCUACCCGUUAUGGCACCCAAAGUGUAACUCAAUUGGCCAGCUCCACCUCUUCCCUGGGUCGAACACUCCCGGCUAAUGGACUCCGACGGUUUGCCCACCAGACACAAACUACUCCUCCUACCUCUCCCUUCGCUCCGCGCCAUCUUCUCUCCAUUGCAGACUUGACGCCCACGGAAUUCGCGACUCUAGUGCGCAAUGCCGCCUCGCACAAGCGAACCAUCAAGUCCGGAGCUAUCCCACAAAGCCUCCUGGGAUCCCUGUCCGGAAAGACCGUCGCCAUGAUGUUCAACAAGCGAAGCACCCGUACUCGUGUUUCCACAGAGGCCGCUACCGUACAAAUGGGCGGCCACCCCAUGUUCCUGGGCAAAGACGACAUUCAGCUCGGCGUGAAUGAGUCAGUAUACGAUACCUCCGUGGUCAUCUCUUCUAUGGUUUCUUGCAUUGUUGCGCGAGUUUCCAAGCACUCCGACGUGGCCGAUCUGGCCAAGCAUUCUACCGUCCCCGUGAUCAAUGCCUUGUGCGAUUCGUUUCACCCCCUGCAAAUCAUCGCCGACUUCCUCACUAUCUACGAGACCUUCACACCCAAGGCCCACGGCCUCUCCAGUCUCGGCCUGGAGGGUCUGAAGAUCGCCUGGGUUGGCGAUGCCAACAACGUCCUCUUUGAUCUGGCCAUUGGUGCUGCCAAAAUGGGUGUCGACGUGGCCGUCGCUACGCCCAAGGGUUACGAAAUCCCCGCCGAGAUGCUUGAGAUCAUUCAGCGUGCCGGCGAGGGUGUCGCUACUCCUGGCAAGCUCAGCCAGACCAACAUUCCCGAGGAGGCCGUUAAGGAUGCUGAUAUUCUGGUGACCGACACCUGGGUGUCCAUGGGCCAGGAGGAAGAGGCCAAGAAGCGCAUGAAGGCCUUUGAGGGCUUCCAGAUUACGAAUGAGAUGGCCAAGCGCGGUGGUGCCAAGGAGGGCUGGAAGUUCAUGCACUGUCUGCCCCGACACCCCGAGGAGGUCAGCGACGAGGUCUUCUACAGCCCGCGCUCCCUCGUGUUCCCCGAGGCUGAGAAUCGCUUGUGGGCCGCUAUCUCUGCUCUGGAGGGCUUCGUUGUCAACAAGGGCAAGAUCGUGGAGUAAACAAAAGUCGUUACACCGUUCUACCAGGAGUUGUGCGCGACCCUGUCAGGAGUUUGGACAGAUUACAGACCUGGCGUAUGCGCGGAUAAAUAUAGUUUUCGGGAUUGUAAUUAAAUUGAAAAAUGUUCCAAUCUACAAGAUCAUAACGCAAA